AUGUUCCAGGACCCGCAGCAGGCCCAACCUGCCCAUCCCAGGAGACGUGGCGGACAUUGCCCACCCAUCCCGGGACCUGCGGCAGGCCCGGCCCGCCCGUCCAGGGACUCGUGGUGGACAUCUCCCGCCCGUCCGGGACCCGUGGCAUGCCCGGCCUGCCCGUUCCGGGACACUUGGCGGACAUCACCCGCCCAUUCUGGGACCCAUGGUGGGCCUGGCCCGCCCAUCCGGGACACGUGGCGGACAUCUCCUGCCCGUCCCGGGAAUCGCGGCAGGCCCAGCCCGCCCGGCCCAGGACACGUGGCUGACAUCACCCAAUGGUCCUGGGUCUCACCGUGGGCCAGGCCCGCCCGUCGUGCCCCGCAGCAAGCCAGGCCCACCCGUCCCGGUGAACGUGGUGGAAAUCUCCCGCAUGUUCCAGGACCCAUGGCAGGCCCUGCCUGCCUGUCCAGGGACAUGAUGUCGCCUGCCCGUCCCGGGAGACAUGGCGGACGUUGUCCGCCUGUCCCGGGACCCCGGGACACGUGGCAGACAUCGCCCACCCGUCCCAGGACCCACAGCGGGCCCUUCCCGCCCGUCCUGGGACACGUGGUGGACAUCGCCCGCCCAUCCCAGGACCCACGGCGGGCCUGGCGCGCGUGUCCCGGGACCAUGGUCGACAUCUCCUGCCCAUCCCGGGACCCACGGCAGGCCCGGCCCGCCCGUCCCGGGACACAUGGCAGAUAUUGCCUGUCAGUCCCAGGACCAGUGGCAGGCCCGGCCUGCCCGUCCCGGGACCAGCAGCCGGCCUGCCCAUCCCGGAACACUUGGCGAUAA